AUAAUAUUCUAUCGACGGCAAAUAUCACAAUAGUACAAUUGACUUUUGAUUACUCCAAAUUACAGGUAAUCUUACCGUGUAAGCUUGGAGUUCCAACAUACAAUACAAUAAGUUCCCCCGAUACAGAACCAUCACAAAGUUCAGUGCUGUUGUUAUUGCUGUGUUGUUGUGAAUCUUCCGAUUGCAAAAAUUCUCAUUUCCUUUCUUCCAUUCUGUUGCAAAAACGCUAUGGGCUAUACAAAGGAACAACUUCUUGCGCAGUUAAAGGAGCUUCAGAUUAAUUUUUCACAGUAUGAGCAUCCAGUUAUUUUGACAGUUGAGGAAGGGGAAAAGUAUGUUGGAAAUUUAGGUGGUGGGCUGAGUAAAAAUUUAUUUUUGAAGGAUAAGAAACAUAGAUUUUAUAUCGUUUCUGCUUUAGUCAACACCAAAGUAGAUAUAAAAGUGUUAUCUCAGCGGCUUGGUUUAGGUAAAGGAGGUCUCAGAAUGGCACCUGCAGAGGCUUUAACAGAAAUGCUUCAGGUGCCCUUGGGUUGUGUCACCCCGUUUGCGGUAGUGAAUGACUCAGCACGAGAUGUUGUGCUCUUGUUGGAUCAAGGGUUCAAGACUCAUGAGUUCUGCUUCUUCCAUCCACUGGCAAAUGACAUGACUAUAUCUUUAAAUGCUCAUGACCUUGACAAAUUUCUAAAGUCAAUAGGAAAGGAUCCCUCGUAUGUUGAUUUUGAGGCCAUUCCUGUAGUGAGCAAAGAUCAACCUCCUGAUCUAGCUGCACUAGUUCCAUCCAGCUCAAUAGUUGUGCCACACCAGUCCGAAAUGCAACCUUCAUCACAAGUUCCUGCAGAUGGAAACCAUGCUUCUGUUGAGAAUAAGUCCCAGAUAGUUUCAGAACAAGUUUUCAAACCAUCCAUUAGUAAGAAAGUUACAAAGGAGAAACCAGUCAACAAUGGUCAUUCAUCAAACUCCUUUGCAGAUGUUGGGCCAUUAGUUGAAGAAAUAUUGCAUAAAGCAUCAGAUUUACUGCUUUCAGAGAUCAAGGAAGACACUAUAAAACAACAUGGAGAGCAUCUAGGCACUGUAGUGUCUGACAAUCUACGGAAAGUUCUCGUCUCAGAUUUGAAAAACCUUGCUAUGAUAUUUAAGAACUCAGCAUACACAGAAGGGUUCCAUGCUGGUAUUCACCAUCAGUCCAAACAUCUGUGAAGAUCAUUUCAAUUAUUUGAGAGACUGAAAUUUCAAUUCUAAUUGUGCCAUAAUAAAGGAGAUAUUGUGUGGCCCAGAAGGGGAUAUAAGUUGUUACAAAUUGGUUCAUGAAUUGUGUGUGUGUAAAAUAUGUGGUAAACUUUGUCCUAUAAUACAUCAUUUCGUGAAAGAUA